GGUAGAAGUAGUAAGUGAAUGCGGUGGCAGGUAGGAAUGAUUGACCGGCCCUCAGCUGCGAUUGAAUGUGAUAUCACAAAUUGAAUGACAUCGAACGUUUACAAAGAAUGACCAGUAACACUUGUCUGUCGCCCUCAUGCCUGGUCCUGGCGUAUCUAUCCUUCGUUGCCUCCUGGACGACUCACACUGUUCGUUUCGUUUUACUCUGUGUGUUUUGUUUUGUUUUAUUAUUUUUUGUCUCUGCUUUCUUGCUCCUCUCACUCCUGUCCUGAGAACAGGGAAAGGCCUAUUUUUGAAGGUUGAACACUGCCUUAUCCCUCUAUAUCUCUUUCUCUCCCUCCCUCCCUCCAUCAAUGCCCCUCCGGAGGGUGGAGUGAGACAAGGAGUGCAGGAGCCACUUCGGAGGGGAUGCGGGCUGCAAGGCGUCUCCUCGCAGGGUCACCCAUUGCGGCAUUUCCCCAUUGCGGUGCCCACUUGAUGUCAAAUGCAUCGACACCAGCUGGAGAGGAGAGAGCUAUCACCCGUCUGGACUGGGAUGGGCCGGACC